AUGGCACUCUUCAGGGUUUUGGGAGGCAUAUACCUGAGUUCAGUUGAGCCAUUUGAGACGAAUGAAGAUAUUUAUGCUCAAGAUGGAAUUCGCGGAAUUUUGUCUGUACAAAAACAGCCUAUACCUGAACUUUACCGAACAGAUCCAUAUAUUCAUCAUCAAAUACCUAUAGACGACGACGACAUAACUAAUAUAAUCCAACAUUUUCAUACGGCUAACUCAUUUAUAUGUUCUGUUAUAUUCAAUGAUUCAGAGAUUACGCCAUUAGCUGCAAAGUCCACGAAGCAUCAAUCGCAUAUUCUCAUACACUGUAAUGCUGGCUGUUCUAGAUCAGUGACAAUACUUGCAGGAUUCUUGAUGAAAUAUUACCAGAUGACUUUGAAUGUGGCUCUAUACGCAAUUAAGCGGAUCAAGCCAGAUAUCAAUCCCAGUGAUAAUUUUCUAAAUCAAUUGAGAUUCUUCGCCUCUGUUGACUGUGAGGAUAAUUUAAGUGAGUUGAUCAAGAUUUCAAGCUACAAACAGCUUGUAAUGGAAUUAGGUCACCACAAUUUUGCCGCUUUGGUGACGGACGAUUAUUUUUAUAAGGAUGUGAGGGAAAACCAAGAUGCAGGAAGUGUACUACGGUGCAAAAGGUGCAGAUGUUUACUUGCCAAUUCAUCUUCUUUCGUGCCUCACGAGCCUCCCUUUGAGAAAAAUGAUAAGCAAGCGUAUUUCAUCAAGAAUGCGUAUAAAUCACAUAGAAUUAGGGACAUACAGCGAGGUGCAAACGAAUGUACUCACUAUUUUGUGGAACCCUUGAAAUGGAUGCAACCUGAGCUGUCCCUGAGUGAACUAGAGGGAAAAUUUUCUUGCCCAAGAUGCAAAGCAAAAGUGGGAGCUUACUCUUGGAAGGGAUCGCGAUGCAGCUGUGGAAAGUGGAUGGUUCCAGCAAUCCACUUGCAGAAGGCUAAGGUGGACGAGUUUAAAGUGAAGAGUGUAAUACUCGACAAUGCAAGGGCCAUCCCUAAUUGA